AUGUAUAUACUUCGUGAAGAGGAAGAUAAUCGUCAGACUGCAUUUUCUACAGGUCAUCAAGCUCAAAUCUACCUUCGUACUGCUGAAGUCAUAGGCACAAUCGAAUUGCCAGAUGAUGUUGAAGAAUUUUAUCCUGGUGAUCAUUUAACAGUUGUUAUCACAUUCACUUCUCCGAUCGCUAUAAACGAUGGUGUACAUUUCAGCAUAUUUGAACAAGGACGACUCAUUGGUGUUGGUGUUGUUACUGGAGUUAUGGAAUAA